AUGAGUUAUACGUAUGGAUUAGGCGGCAUUUGGUCGUUCCUGGUUGUGGUGGGACUUUACAUGCUGUUUACCGGCAAUGGCGAGUCCUUCAACGUCGGAGCCUUUCUCGAAUCGAUAUCGCCAUACGCAUGGGCUAGUCUGGGCAUUUCGCUGUGCAUCGGCCUCUCUGUCGUUGGUGCUGCAUGGGGUAUCUUCAUUACCGGAUCCUCCAUCCUCGGCGCCGGCGUCAAGGCUCCUCGAAUCCGAACAAAGAACUUGAUCUCCAUCAUCUUCUGCGAGGUCGUCGCCAUCUACGGCGUCAUCAUGGCUAUUGUCUUCUCCUCCAAGGUCGAGGCCGUCCACGGCGCUGAACUCUAUUCUCCCGACUCGUACUUUACCGGCUUUGCCUUGUUCUGGGCUGGCUUGACCGUCGGCGCGUGCAAUCUCGUCUGUGGUGUUGCGGUCGGCAUCAACGGCAGUGGAGCUGCGCUUGCUGAUGCGGCAGAUGCCUCAUUGUUCGUCAAGAUUCUGGUUAUUGAGAUUUUCAGCUCUGUCCUGGGACUUUUCGGUUUGAUCGUCGGCCUCUUGGUGUCAGAAAAGGCUCCUGCGUUUGGCGCCAAGCCCACCUAA